AUGACAGUGAAAAAUUCCCCACAACCUAUUCACUUCGUGGCAAAGUACAAAGUAGAAAGCGCCUAUUCCUCGAUUACACCAUUUGGACCCAGCACGCAUGAAGAUGAUGCUGAGGCUCCUCACCUCGACGGAGCCUCUAGAGCACCCUCGCAGAAGGUUGAUGUCGCGUCCCUUUUCUGGAGUGCGAAGAUUUUUAUACGAGCGUCGUACUAUAAGCUAGACACAGCAUCAAUUCAAAAAUUGUUUUUCUCGAAUCGCAAAAUGAACCCAGGCAGCGGCGGAGGUGCACCGUCGAACCCCAACAAUAAUUCGUACGCGAACUUGUACCAAAACACCCCCGCGGGUACCGCUGCAGGAGGGCCGCUGCCCCGCAUGCAGAUUCCGCCGGCGGGUAUGAUGAAUACUAUGGGGAUGAUGGGCGUAGGCAUGGCACCCGGAGCAGCAGGUGCGCCAAUGGCUAUGCCGCAUAUGCAGAUUGGACAACAACACCAGCAGCAGCAACACUUUCUAGCGCAGCAGCAACAGCUCUUACUCGCGCAGCAGCGGCAGGCAGCGGCCGUCGCAGGGCAUCAAUUGCAGCCGCCGUUGGGUUCUUUGCAGCAGCAACCCGCGGGGGGAUCAGGAACCGCAGCAGCAGCGACUCCGGCGAUCGGCCCGCCGAUGGCACCGGGAACUACAAGCGCAGCGGGAAUUGCUGCAACUGGUGUGAACCACAAUAAUCCGAUGAUGGCACCACAACUACCGCAACCAGCCGCCGCGGGGUUGCAGCUACCCGGCAUGAUGAUGGGAGCACCUCCAGCAGCUGGUGGACCGCCCCAACAAGCGCCGCAGCUGAUGCAAGCGCAACUUGCAGCCGCGCAGAUGAAUAGCAAUCCGCAGCUGGCCGCGGCACAGAUGAUGCAGAUGCAGCAGAUGGCAAUGAUGCAACAGAUGAUGCAAAAUCCGCAACUCAGCAUGCAGCUGAUGCAACAACGGCAGCUCUUGGCCCAGCAACUCGGCGCGGUGCUUCCCACUGCAGCUGCAGGAGCCCAGGUUACUAGUGUGAACACUUCAGCUAGUGCAACAGCCAACGCGCAGCUGUACUACUAUAUAGUCGAUGAGACUUUUUGCGGUAGGGAAACAAGUAGAGAAGUUGUGCACUACUACUCCUAGCAGUGUGUUGUACUAGGAGGUUCUAGCAUCAUCACAGUCAUCAUCAUCAAAAUGGAUGCACUAGCCUUUGAGGAAAAACAGAUACGGAAAAAGUGGCGAGACUUCAUUUGUACUGAAAAGAGAAAGAGUUAUGUCUAUAGUAUCUACUCAUCUUCACACAAACCGACCUUCACAGGCUCGCCGGCGCCGCGAACCCGCUCGGCGGGGCUGUACGCGCGGGCCAAAACCUCCCCUCGGCCGCGAAACCCGCGGACCUCCUCGACCCGGCAAAAGAGUAUACCAACGACACGACCUUCAACGUGUCCGACCUCACCAGAGGCCACGUGAGCAAGGCGAAGUAUUUUCAAGAUUUGAAGCAGAACUGCGGUUCCGUGGCCGAGUUGGUCCAGCAAGUCGACCAAUUCGUCGACGACUAUAUCAACUGCAAAAAUGUCUGGCGUCGGGAAGAUUGCCAGGUUUGUCAUGCAUAUUCUCCAUGACUCAUGACGUCUGUGAUGCAUGCCUUAGCAUCACAGAUUCGGCGCUAGCUUUCUGAUGCUCAUACCGCAUGAGAAAUUAUGCCCUCUCCGCGUAGCGAAAACUGCAUCUAUUUUGCUCUUCACGCAAUACAGAUUUUAUCUAGUGUCCAGACGUAGCAUCACAAGUUGUAUCCUUCCAGGACCCAGACAUAUUUGCAAUGCAUACACUACGAGCCCUACCAAAGAUUUUCCUCGAACCAAGACUGCAGCUCCUACCUGUGUUGCGUAUAUACGCAUUGCAAAAGUAUCGUACUAGUGAAAAUUGCAAUACAAGUUUUUCCAAGAAAAAGAGUGCAAUUUGUAAUGGUGCUUUCCCUUAAAUCAUAGACCUGUCAUGCAUGACUGCGAUUAGUACGACUGCGAUAGUACUUUUGCAAUGCAUAGGCUACCGGCUGUUGCAACUGCGGCCGAGCACGGAGGAGCUGACCAAUUUGCUGGAGCACAGUAACCCGUUUGUCCGGUGCGUUGCUCUGCUGAUGAUCCGGUUCGUUUUCGACGGGAAAAAGUUCUUCGAGUGGAUCAAACCAUACCUAUUGGACGUGCAAAAGAUAUGACAGUGCACAACUCCCCCUCUCCCUCAUUUGUCAUGCAAAAUACCCAAUCCACCCUUUGCCUCUUGGCACCACUGGUUGCGUGACAAGUUCUGGUAGCCCAAAUAGCACUACACUCCAGCGCAAAUUUGUCAUGCAAAACCGGCAUCCUUGCUGAUGCUUGUAUUGCCGUUGAUGCUAUACAAAUGAGGGGGAGGGGGAGUUGUGCACUGUCAUAAAAGAUCGUCCCGGUGCGGAGAAAUAAUUCGGGGAAUAAUAGCGGCGGCACCGUAGCAGGCACAACGGCGGGAGAAGCAGUAGGGACAACAUCUACUUCCGGAGCUGCCGUUCCCGGUGCUGGCGGGGUUGGAACAACAAACACGAGCGGGAUUCUGGCAGGAGGCGGACCGGGUGGAGCAGCGGGAAUAUUAAACGCUGGCGUCUUGGACCACGUGCCCGCGGUGCACCAUUCUUCCGCACAGCAGGUCUCUUCCUCCGAGAACGAGGACCACAAUUUCCAGCAGCAGAACAGCCGGUCGCACUACCGGCGGGGGCGGACCUUGACGAUCGGGGAGUUCGCGGAAAAGUUGGUCAAUACGGACAAGUACCAAGAUGUGGUACUGCUACCCCGGCUCGCCGCCGCCGCGUUUCGCUUGAAGAAAGCCCCGUUGAUGGCGAUGCUGGACGUGUGUCGGGAACGCUACGUGCAGAAUGAGAAUUUGCUGGAGAAGGAAGACGGCGUGUACCAGUACGGCAACCAAAUCGAAGCGUUUGUCGAGUGCGUUUUUGGCACCCCCGGCAACCCGUAUGGAUUGUAAAAAUGUCUGGGUCUGGAAGGUUGAAACUUGUAAUGCUAGCUUUCCAUACCUAGAAAAUCCGUAUUGCAUAACCAACAAAAGUCGCAGCCUCUUUUGUCAUGCAAAAACGCAGUUUCUCAUGCGGAUUGCCUAUGAGAAAGCGUUUUGGGAAGUUGUCAUGCUGGACUGCGUUCGGAAGUGUUCUCAUCAUGCACAUUUUAGCAUCACAAGUUUCCAGACCCAGACAUUUUUGCAUUUCAUAACCCGUACGUGAACACGACGUUUGAGUGGAGACGGGGGGAAGUGAUUGGCAUCAGCUACGGCUCGACGCUAUGCAUUGCAAAAGUAUCGUGCUAAGUAUGAACAGCAUUACAAAUUUGCUCAAGAUCAGAAAUGGAAUUUGUCAUGCUGAAUUACCUAAGAAAUCCAGAUUUGUCAUGCAAGUCUGGCACUUAUGUGAGUGCGAUACUUUUGCAAUGCAUAAACCCUCUCGAAUAUCCGGCUGAAAAUCCGCCUGUGGGACGAGAAAGAGAUUAUCAACUGCAAAAAUGUCUGGGUCUUGAAGAUUGCAACUUGUCAUGCUAAAUCUGAAUCAGGCAAAAAGCUGUGUUGCAUGAUUGCCAAAAGUUGUGCACCUUUGACCUAAUUGAGAGGCAGUUUCUCAUGCAGGAUAGGCAUUAGAAAGGUCUCGCAGAAUCUGUCAUGCUGUGUCCUACAUACCAGACCUCAUGGGUCACGGAAAACCUACAUGACAAAUCUGGCAAUCUUCCAGACCCAGACACUUUUGCAAUCCAUAGAGAUUCUCGCGGCGCAACUGGAGAGAAAGAAAAGGAAAAAGAAGAAGGACCACGACAAAGUUGUACUAGAUAAUAUGGACAAAAAUGCAGGUGAAGAUGCGAAAACGAAAGAGAACGACGGCAAUAUUAUCGAGGGCCGCGAGCAGGAAAAUAACCCGCAGGACGGCGCGGAUGUGAAGGAAAGCGAGGAAAAAAACAAAGCGGGUCAGUCGGAGGAAGGCGCUGCAAUGGAGGUAGACGAUGGUGGUGUCAACACGACAACGAAAGAGGACAAAAAUGCGGAAAUUGCAAUCAAGGUCACCGAAGUCGCGCCGCUUAAUGGAGCUGCUUCUAAGCCUGUUUUCAUCCCCAGCGGCAGCGGCGGCCAUUUAGAUGGGUCCAACUCUCUGCCACCCCAUGCGGCCGCGGCCGUCGCGCACCAGCAGUUGCAAAAAGCGACGCGGAAACCACUCGCCGGGAAAUUCAUGGCUGGCGCGGCAUCGCGAAAGAAAAAGCAGAUGGCUGCGAUGAUGUUGAAUGCGGGUACUACCGAGAAGAACCUCGUCGGAACGGGGAACAAUGUGCGUGGAGGUACAACUAUUUCGGCUGUUGGAAUAUCACCCGCGACUGGAGGUUUUGCGACGAAUAAUGCAACGGCCAUGUUGACAUCAGCCUCAGCUGUACCGGAGCAGCUGCAGAAUACAAGUACCACGGCGCACCAGCAAACCAGGGCAGGCGCAGGAGGAGCUCUCGAUCAACAACAAGAGAUCGAUUUGACCGAGCCUAUUCAGCUGGUCAGCCUUGGGUUGGUGAUUCAAUACAGAGAGUAUCCACAGUAAAUUUCCCAUACACGUACAGAUGCGGUCUCUGCAUGACGAAACUUGGCUUCGAUCCUAGUUUAGCACGACAAGUUUCACGCUCCAAAUUGGUAAAAUUUGUGAUGCGUGUUGUAUGUAGUGAGGUCACCGAACGGUUCUAACCAGGGAGUUUUUUUGACAGCUACCCUGAAAAACGGCCGGCAGUUUUGAAGCGGCCGGAAGUGUUUUUGAGCAUAAAAAGUUUUCACUUAUCAAGCGGCCGGGGCGUUUGCGGCAAACAAGCCCGGUCGAAAACUAUCGAUUCGCACUUGAUAAAACGACGCAGGGGAGCCGGCAAAAGGGGCGCCCUUCUGAGGCGCCCGCUGCCUUGGUUUCUGGCGAUUUGGGGCGCCCAAAAAGGGGCGCGCGAAAAACGCGCCCAAAAUCAGAACAGCGAAACAGCAUGGCGCGGCCGCGAUUUCGGAGCAUUUUGGGCGGCCGCGAAAGCGGCCGCCUUUUCGCCGGUUUUAGAGCCUGGGAAGCUUUGCAAAAAGCGCCGGCGUGAAAAAUAAAAACGCGAAAAAUAAAAAGCGCACCAGACGCGCAAAGCCAAUCCGCAUGCUAUGGGCCCGGUUUUUCUUCGCUUUUUGGGCGCCCCCCGUGGCACCCGGAUCGGCCCCAUCGCGCCGGGGCUGGCUUUCGGAAAGGAAUUUUGGAAAUGUGCCAAAAUUUGCGACGUUUCCCAAGUGGCCGCCAUACCGUGCGGCAUAGCGUUACUCACGGUGGUAUGGCGAGCCCAUAAAAAGCAAAGCCGCGGCCAAGGCUGCGGCCGGCAAAAAAACGCCCACGACCUCACUACCCCCGCCCCGGCGGCUAUAGUUGGUACAUGCACGGGAAUAAAUUUGUAUUGCAUAGAGAGGAGGACAGAGAUUCGGACUCCGACUCGGGCUCAGAACACGCCGGUCCGGGAGAGAGCGGCCACGAUGCGCGAGACCGCCGUUCGCGGCGCGGGGACGGCAGGAGUCGCAGAUCCCGAUCGCGCGGCCUAUCAAAUGCAAAAGUGUCUGGGUCUGGGAGCUCCCGAGAUUUGUGAUGCAGUUUUUCCAAGCUCCCCCACGUCUGCAAUGCAGGGCCUAGCAUCACAGGUUCUGCAGCUCCUUGGUGAUGCGUGUUCUGCAUGAGAAAUGGCCUCUCAGCAUGGUCAGAAGUGGGCACCUUUUGCACGUUAUGCAUCACAGAUUUUUGUAGGAUCCGAAACACGCAUCACAAGUUCGGAUCCCUCCAGACCCAGACAUUUUUGCAUUUGAUACGGGCGGCGGAGAAACAAUUACCGCUAUUACGAUGAGGAUCUGACGAAAUCCAAGGGCGACGAAAAAGAGAUCAAGAGAUACGUGGAGGAAUACAUUGAACACUGUACUACUUCUAUUUGAUGAUAUGAUUUUUGCGUUGUUUGUCAUGCAGAAAAUACAACAUGUAUGGAUUUUGUCAUGCGGUUUACCUACACAACAAUCCGCAAAACGACUCACCAGAUCGCACUGGCGCUGUUGCGGUGGGCCGGGACUACGCCACGAAGCCGCAGGGCUACAAAGCCAUGCUAGCGUGCCAGCGGUCCAACCUUGGAAACGAGAGCAAGCGCAUGUACGAGGACGAGGCCAUUCUCUCGACGCUGCCGGAAGCCGGCGGUGGCAGCACGCGGGGAAGCGAGCGCGACCGAGACACCGCCCGAGACCGAGAGCGGACCGGCCGCCGGGAAGGCAAGGGCGGGAAGUGGAGCUCGGCUGCCGAAGGAACAAGCAGCGGCCAUACCAUUCCGGCGGCGCAUCAACCUGCCUCUGCGGAACGGGAAGAGAUGGAUCGACGGGCGCGGAUGGCCCAGAUUAUGGAGCGUUACACCAACGCGAAUAGCAGUGCCGGGAAGGGCGGGAGCAGCGGCGCGGGGGCGGCCGGGCCGGAAGUGAUCAAGUUGAAGGGCAUGCGGUAGUUGUAUAUGAGGGUUUGUUGUAAUUCGGUGGCGACAACAAGAACUCUCGUGGUCCACAUGAAGUUACAUUACUACUACACCAGGAAAAGAGCAAUUAUGCUAUGUUGGGUGAAAAAGUCCACCUACUCAACAUCAAGAGCAUCAUCGCGCGAGAUCUUGAACCUCCCGCGACGCAGUUUCAAGAAACGACUUACAAUGGUUUGAUUGAAUGAACGAAACCAGCGACAGAUUUGGAUAUUUGAAUGUACUGCGUAUCAGAGUAUCAAGUAUGAACAAGUUAAAGAUUUUAGGCGCGACAAAAAUAAUGAAAGGAAGAGCAGUGAUUCACUCAGUCAGCGGC